ACGGAAAUCCAUCUCGAAGCCAUGGUUUUGGACCCUAUGUUUAUUUAUCGGCUGUAACUGGUCUGUCGGCUUCAGUCUGCAUCUUCCUCGCCUUGGCUGCAUUCUGAUUGCAUUCGGUCCAGUCGACUCCUAUUCUUUGGAUCAUUAUUCUCUUAGCCUAGUCCUUUUGGUCCUUCUCUCUCUCUCUCUCGUUCUUGUCUUUUCCCUCCAACUUCUGCUACUAGUUUUCUGUCUCUAGUUCUUCUCGGUGGCCCACUUUGUUAUCGCCCGCGGGGAUCAACAACCGGGAAUCCGCCGCCACUCCCAAACUCCUCUGCGCAAAUCUGUCUCUGUCCUGGGCGUCGCGGGUCCAAACAUUCCUCGCUGGCCGUGUUGACGAAUUCCCGACCGGGGCGCGUGUUCUUGGAUUUUGAAUGACGGCCCGCUCUCUGCAGCAGCUCUCUUUUGGCGUCUGGUCACCGCGCAUCUCUUCCUGACGGAUCAUGUCCACCAAGUUUCCCACUACUACCGUCACUCCCAUCGAAAUGGUGUCUCAAGCUCAGGUCCUCGAUCGCUCCGUCCCGCCGCAAAGCGCUGCCUCCUCCGUGUCGCGCCAUUCUCAUUCCAGCCGGCGACAUCGUUCCAGUCGUUCCCAUCAUGGAGGACUCACCCAUCAACAGCAAAACGACUUUCCUCUUUUCACGCACACGGGCGAUGUCGAGAUUGUGGUACGCGCAGGGGACCAGGAGCGACGCUAUCUUCUGCACCGAUUGAUAUUGGCGCAAUGCUCGGGCUUCUUCGAGGCCAGUACCCGCGAGGAGUGGUCGCGACAAUCCAUGCCGAGGCCGCCAAUCCUGGACACGGGCGUCCUGUCGAGAAUUAGUGAGGAUGCCUCUUCGCUAUCAAACGGGUCAACCCUGGCCCAAUCAGAGAGUGGAGGAUCCGCUUGGUCGGUCGAAAAGAGACGCUGGAGGUAUGAACUGGACUGGGUAAACAAGGAGGAGGAUGAAGAGCCAAUUCUGGUACAAAAGCCUCCCAGCUUUUCCAGCGCAUUUGGUUGCGAUUCGGGACAAUAUCCGCCAUCCGUGACCAAACCGUCCAGCUCUCAAACAGGUUUCGUCCGGUCGAUGGCCAACCUGGCCGGGAUGCAGUCGGUGGUCAAUCUCCCCCAUCGAUCUGGGACGGCACACCCACCCACAAAUCCCAUCGUUCGCGAUUACGACAAUCUGUUCCGCCUGUUCUACAACUACCCGCCGCUGCUCAACAGUGUCAAUAUCGCAACCGCCUAUGCCGAGUGCCGGGCCUUGCUCAACCUGGCCGACAUGUACGAUGCGCUACCGGUGACCGGACCUCGCGUUGACCACCAUCUACUAGGCUUUGGCUCGCGUCUCUUCAAGCAGAUCGCCAAGUAUCCCCCGAGCUACCUGAAACUGGGCUACCUGGCGCGCAGCCGCGUCAUUUUCUCCGAGGCCCUCAUCCAUGUCGUGGGACAAUGGCCAGCCGGCCUGCCCCAUCUGCGCAACGGACCGUAUUCGCCGCUCCCCAACUCCGUCCUGGACAUCAUCGAAGAUAAGGUCGAGGACCUCGAAGACCUGAAGGCGCGCAUCGACUCCAAGCUCCUGCGGCUCACCCUGACCACCUCCCGCGGCGAGCGCGUCAGUCCCACCAACGCCUACUUAGACUGGCUGGCCGUCUCGCUCUUUCGACAAUGGCUCGUCGACAGCACGACGCCCCCGCCGACUCCGAUCCUCAAGAACUCCUCAGCGAACGCACACGCCAGCACCAGCACCCACGGCAUCCGCAGUUCGCAAUCGACGAGCCACCGCCCCACAGACUCGACUUCCAAGACCACCACGACAACCACAACCACCGCCCCACCAUGGUCCGCCGCACGAGUCUACCGACUCAUCGGCUCCUCCAGCAGCCAAGCCUACCUAUCACACGAGGACCUGAAACGAUUCCUCAAAGUGCACCCAACCCCUUCCUCCGAGUCGCUAUACACUCGUGAAGUCCUGAAACGAUUCGAGCGCAAAAUGGACGAAAUCAAGCGGCUGGCCCGCGAGAUAGUCAAGCCGCUCAUGCGCAAUUUCCUCGAAUUGGAUCUGAAAGGGAGCGAAUACGGAGAGGGCGGAUUGCCGUACUUGACCUGCACCAAAGUCGACGACGAAGAUAUCCCGUGGGAGUGAUGAGCAUAAGUCUAUUCAUUGACAAACACAUAUAUCCCCUCAUUACGCAAUUUACGCCAAAUAACGAUACCCUGGAAGUUUACGGAACCAAGUUCAGUCACGAAUUCUCGAUCAGAUACCUUAUGUUUCAUGCUUGAUGGUUUAUGUUUAUGCUUUUUGAUGCUUCUAUAAUCUACGCCCCUCUCUCCCCAAUUGCAUGAUCCCUUGUUGAUGUCUAUGCAUAUCCAUGUUGGUCUAUGUUGUUUUACGUUUUCGUUCACG